UGUGAUUGGGCAGCUUUGUAAAUGUUUUCAAAAUUCCAUGCGUAUCAGAAUUAACAAAGUUUCGUCAGAGGGUAGAAAUUAUUUAGGAAUCAACUCAAAGUGGAUCGUGUAUCGUGUAUUGACCUGUCUUGUUAUUAAUCUUGUUAAAAAUCUUUUACAAAUUUUGUUUAAAAAUAAUUGUUGCCGCUUCAGAAUAAGGUCAAAGCUGUGAACAUCAUGUUUUGCCAUUUGUUGUCUCUAAUUUGGAAUGCGCUCAUGUCGCCUAUGAUCCUGCUCAUGGAUUAUGCCUUCGAAUCGAAUUGCAUAAUGCUUCUGCUUAGCCUUUUCAUGUCCCUGGCUCUCAUACUGAACCUCAAGUCCGCCAGCAUAUUGUUAAUGGACUUCUAUCCGACCAGUGUGAAUGAUUUUCUCCCGUCGCCCAUCAACAUCGAUCGCCGUCUGGUCUUGUCAGUGGGUCGCGGGACACCGCUGAUGUGGCACAAUUACGAUGCAAUGCCACCGGCCAUUAUGCUGCUAAACAAUGGCAGCACUGUGGUGAUGCGCAUCUCGUGCGCUCCACAGUGCAAACCACAUCUUCGCGGUUCUCUGUUGCAUGACAAUUAUUAUUUUGUGGAGGCCUCAUUCAAAUGGGGCGGCUCGGAGCAUACGAUUAGCUCACGGCGCUUUGCACUCGAGUUGCAAGUGCUGCAUGCCAAAAAUGCAGCCACGCCGCCAUUUGAAUAUGUGACGAUCUCAUAUUUAUUUGUCAUCACCCAGUGCAAGAAUGAAUCCAUGCAGCAGAUUACCGAGAAUCUGGAUGCGCUUAUCAACGCGGGUUCGGUUAUCGAGGUGCCGCCAUUUGAUCUCUGUUCACUGUUUUGGCCAUUCGAGAAUGACUUCUACAGCUACAGUGGCACCUAUCACAAUGGCACCACCACACUGUCCACCCAGUGGCUAAUCUGUGCGUCCAUCUUUAAUAUAAGUGCCCAGCAAGUGGCGCAAUUUGGCAAGCUCUGUAAUCGCGAUGGUUGUCGCAUUGCUGGAAACUCACGUGCUCUGGUGCCGCUGGACAAUCGACAAGUUCUAUUAAAUUAAUUAAUUAUUAAAUUUAU